CAGCCCCCCGUAUCGGGCGUCCAAUGGAUCGUCCCUGAACGGAUGCGGACGUCACAAGGGCCGGCCGGUGUGCCUAUGUGCUUUAGGACGAAGCUAGAGUCAGGAGGACCAUCUAUAUCUAUAAGGGAACCGCCGAGCAAGCUACGCUGCAAGGUGCUGGCCUAACCAUCUGGUGCAAGUUGGGGUUCAGUGUCUUGCCCAAAGGACACUUCGACAUGUGGACAGCAGGACGACACGCUCCACCUCCUGAGCCACAGCUGCCCAACAGUCAAAAUAGAGCUGCGAGAUGGCAAGUACAGCGGUUGUGACUCCAGACUCCUCCCAUGAUAAAAGCAGCCGCUUUCAUUUGGUGACUUGGGUCAACAACCUGCUGAAGACAAACUUCAAAGAUGUGCGGCAGAUGGGUUCAGGUGCAUGUCACUGUCAGAUCAUGGACUGGGUUAUUCCUGGCUCUGUUGACAUGACCAAGGUGAAGUUUGAUGCACAAGGUGAAGAUGAUUGUAAGCACAACUUCAGUCUCCUCCAUGAGGCCUUCAGCAAGAGCGGUAUCACAAAGACCAUUCCAGUUGAGGAGCUCAUAAAAGGGGAUUUUAAAAGCAACUUUGAGAUCCUGAAGUGGUUCAAAGUUUUCUACACGGCAAAUGUGAAAAAUGAAGAAUACGACCCCGUGAAAGCUCGGGACAGCCACGAUAUCAGCCCUAUUGUGGCAUCUAUACAAUCGCAUAAAUGCACGGAAGAGAACGGCACUGUGACGUUUAAAAAGUUCCCUUACUCUGAAAAGUGGAAGGAUAUUUUUGAUUGGGCUGACCAUAGUGAUCUCGGAGAGCACUAUACGUACUGCCGUUCUUGUGAAAGGAACUUGAACACAUUUCAUAAAGGCCUUGUUGACCUCAGGCGACAUGUGGAAACAAACAAACACAAGAAAAGGGCUCAAAGACAACGCUCUGAGCCGCUGCCCUGUAGCGACGCAGCCAUUCGGUUUAUUCAUAAACACUGUUACACUGGCUUUACUAAAGGUGAACAGGUGUCUAGACAUUUUGCACGCUGUAAGCUGGGGUUGCAGUACCCCAAAGAUAUCACAUCUGUUUGCCAACACACUCCGUACUGUGUAUACAUUUAUGGAGAGGUAACACUGGGAAAGGAUGACACUGUCUCCGUGGUCCUUGUCGGGUUUUUUGAUGUUGAAGCCUCCAGGCACUGCAUCCGAUUUCUGGAUGCUCUUCAGUCAGUGGGUGGUGCAGGAGAUCAAACGGCGGCGGCAGUGGUGGAGACCUUGAAGAAAUUCGGGUUACCCACAGAUAAUCUUGUCGCUGUUUAUUCUGAUGGUAAUGGUGCGGCCUCAGAGCAGAUCUGCUCGCAGCUCAGGGAACUCAACCCGAACAUAGUAGCCUUAGGAGGGCUGUACACCAUCGCUGAUGCUGCUUGCCACGCUGGGGUUAAGGAGCUCACCAAUCAGGCUCAAGAGUUGAUGGCAGAUAUCCAUGCUCACUACUCCUCAUGCUCUGCCAAGAAUGACAACCUCAAGGCUCUUUUUGGCUCAGAUGUCAGUGCGGACAGUCCAUCAUUUCAUCUCAACACCAGCUGCCUUAAGUUCUACCUGUUAGUCACAAAAAUCGUGGAAAUAUGGACAGAUCUGAUAUUGUACUUUAAGUCUAGCGACAAGGACGAUGACAAAGCCAAGUUAAUCUGCUCCCAGCUGCAGGACCCCAAAGUCAGGGCAACAUUUAUGUUCCUGGAGCAGGCCCUGAAGCCUCUGCACAGUUUCCAAAGACAUCUGCAGACACACGACGGGGCUGCCCGAGCUGAUAUGCUGCUCAUCCUAGAGGAAGCCAGCAGCCUGCUGUCCACCUACACCUCCUACUUCCUUCAUCCUCAAGCUGCUGUUCGCUUCAUCAAUGAACGUGAUGCCCAAAUCCUUAAGGACAAGAAAUUCCACCUGUCAAGCCCUGAAUUCAAUCUGGGUGGGAAAGCUGUGGAAGACUUCCUGAAUGAGUCUGAGGCUACAGAAGCACUGCCACUGUUAAAAGAGGAGGUGACGUCUUUCUACGUCGCACUCACAGGUAUCAUUGCGGAGGAGCUGCCUCUAAGUGAGGUGGUGCUAAGGAGCAUAGCUCAGCUGCUGAACCCCCAGAGCCGGCUGGAAGUGACAGGGAAAGCAGUAGGGGAGCUCGGGACCACUCUGGGAAUCUGCAGCUCCCCCGAAGAGGUCAACCAGCUCACGAAUGAAUUCCUUGAGUAUCAGCUGGCUCAGGAGGGAAAGAGUGAAGAGGGAGAGAAGGACAACUCAGCAGUGGUUUCACUGGAGAAACACUGGGCCAGCGUACUGAAGGACGCCAAGCCAACCUCAAUCUUCAGGAAGCUUGUUUUGACCCUAUUGUCUCUGCCCUGUCUUCCACUUGAGGCUCAGCAGGUUUUUUCUCAGGCCCUGAUGAAUGAAGAUGGUGCACUGCUCUCCGAGAGUGAAGCCUUAACAGAAAGCGAGUUUGACGUCACGUCCGACAGCGCUCUCUCUGACAGCACCAGCAACAAGGACUCCUCAGUUCACACCGAAGGUAACAAGAAAGAUAAUCCAUCAGAACUGAAUGGCCUUAAUGUGAGAGUGAAGCCAUGUCAAGUCCGCCUUACAAAGAUAAAUCAGCAAAGUAAUGAACAUGGAGGUGCACAUGGAGAGAAUGGCGCCUCGUGGAAAGAGGGGACCAGUAGGGGAAGUUUUGGCUGGGAAAGCAGCCUCCGCCAGAAGCCACAGGCCCGUACAGUGUUUCAGGCUGGUGCUAGCACCUGGUCCAAACCCGUAGAUCUUGAUAAGGACAGCAAAAAGGGUCUGGAGUCCCAAGAAGAGGUGGCAGAUGAGACAUCACCACCCAGUAAACCAACACCAAGAGGACGACAGAAACAUGCCUACCAGGAUGGAAAAGGGUUUCUGACAGGAGAGCUGGUGUGGGGGAAAGUGAAGGGGUUUUCCUGGUGGCCUGGGAUGGUGAUGCCAUGGAAAACCAAGUCGGCUCCCCCGGGUAUGCGGAGGGUGGAGUGGUUCGGAGAUGGGAUGUUCUCAGAGAUCUAUACCGACGUCCUGCUGGCAUUUAGUGCCUUCACUAAGUGCUUCUGCAAAAAUUCCUUUGCCAGCUUGCCGAUAUACAAGGAAGCCAUCUACCAGAUCAUCGAGUUGGCAAGUGAGCGAUGUGGGAAGUCUUUCACUGAGGCGGAAGGAAAUAAAGAAAAAGAGCUGAAGCUGAUGCUGGACUGGGCUUUUGAGGGAUUUCUGCCUACAGGACCUGAAGGAUUCGUACCUCCUGAUUCUGCUGCACAUCAUGAUUCUUCUGACUCUGCCCUAUCUGACUACCAGCCUCCAGCAAAAAGGAAAUAUGUUAUUAAAAAUAAGGCAAAUGCACCCGUCAUCACCUAUAACAGAGAAUCAAUUACAGAAAAGGUCAAAGAGAAAGGCAAAAACAUUGAAUAUUUUUGUUUGUCUUGUGGAUCAUCUGAGAUUGAAGUGCAGCACCCGUUGUUUGAAGGUGGUCUUUGUCUAAGAUGCAAGGAGAACUUCACAGAGACACUGUAUCGCUACGAUGAAGAUGGUUACCAAUCGUAUUGCACCGUGUGCUGUGCCGGCUUGGAGGUCAUUCUGUGUGGCAACGCCAGCUGUUGCAGAUGUUUCUGUAAGGACUGCCUGGAGAUCCUGGUGGGCCCGGGAACCUUUGACAAGCUGAAAGAUAUUGAUCCCUGGAGCUGCUACAUCUGCAAGCCGUCACAGUGCGACGGAAACCUCAAACUCAGACCAGACUGGAGCGUUAAGGUUCAAGACUUCUUUGUCAACAACAGCGCCAUGGAGUUUGAGCCUCACAGAGUUUACCCCUCCAUCCCUGCUGAUCAGCGCAGACCAAUCAGAGUGCUCUCGCUUUUUGAUGGCAUUGCAACAGGAUACCUGGUGCUCAAAGUCCUGGGCUUAAAGAUUGAGCGCUACAUUGCUUCAGAGAUUUGUGAGGAUUCGAUCGCUGUGGGGAUGAUCAAGCAUGAGGGAAAGAUCGAAUAUGUCAAUGAUGUUCGUACCAUCACGAGGAAACAUCUGGCUGAAUGGGGUCCAUUUGAUCUUCUGAUUGGAGGCAGUCCGUGUAACGACCUGUCCAUGGUCAACCCUCUUCGAAAAGGAUUAUUUGAGGGCACUGGACGGCUCUUUUUCGAGUUCUACCGAAUUCUGACCCUGUUGAAGCCGAAGGAGGGCGACGAUCGUCCGUUCUUCUGGUUGUUUGAGAACGUGGUUUUCAUGAGUGCCAACGACAAAUCAGAUAUCUGCAGAUUCCUUGAGUGUAAUCCAAUCCUUAUCGAUGCAGUGAAAGUCAGUCCUGCUCACAGAGCACGAUAUUUUUGGGGAAACCUCCCUGGCAUGAACAGACCUCUCGCUACAGCUCUAGACGACAAAGUGGCCCUCCAGGAUUGUUUGGAAGUCGGACGCAAGGCAAAGUUUGACAAAGUCCGCACCAUCACAACAAAGUCUAACUCUAUAAGGCAGGGGAAGAUGGGGCCACUACCGGUCAACAUGAAUGGAAAGGAGGACUACCUGUGGUGCACCGAAAUGGAACAGAUCUUUGGCUUCCCCAAACACUACACGGACGUGAACAACAUGGGCCGGAUGCAGAGGCAGAAAGUCCUGGGUCGCUCCUGGAGUGUCCCUGUUAUUCGUCACCUCUUCGCUCCGCUGAAGGAUUAUUUCGAAUGUGAAUAACGACUGUGAACAGAACCAUCGCUCUCAUAUCAGAGAGGCAGCGGUAAACCUACUGCCUUAUCCUGCCCUGCAUUACUAGGUAGUUCAAACUCUCCUUUUUCUCUGAAAGACUAAAUUUAGUUUUUACUAUUUUGACUUUUAGAAGUGUUUCCUCAUGAGCUCCUUUAAUCUUGUGAGUUGUCAGUCAUCCACGAUCCACUAUCACCAGCAGGCAACGACACUUUAUUUUCUGGUUUCCUUUGAUAAAUGAUGGUGCUGUGAUCAAACAGUAAUGUUGUACAGAACAUGGGCCUGAAGCACGAAGCGAGAUUAGACGGUCAGCCAGCUAUCUUUGGGCUUCACUCAGGUUUUCCAGUAUCACGAAGCUGGCUCACUUUUAAUCGGGGUAAUUAAUCACCAUGGUAACUUGCUGGCCAGCUAACCUGCUACAGAGCAUGUUAACUUCAGAGAUCAAAACCUGCCAACCUGCCAGAGACAUGUUUAUAGCUCAGUAGAAUCACUUUGCCUACCAUGAUAAUUAUGUCAGAGAGAGAAGAAACAAUUUUGCAAAAUUAAAAACAGGACUUUUAAUAAACAGAGAGAUAGUUAUUGCACUAUCAGCCUAAUGAAUGGCGAUUAUAGCUGCAUAUUAAUUGUGCGCUCUUGUUAAUUAGCUCAGUAAAAUAUAAAUGCAACAUUUUGGUCACAUAGACCUUAAAGUCGCUAUAAUCAAUAUUUUUACCUUAACAAUGGAUCAAAUUACUGUAUAAUGUGAAAGGAGUCACUCGUAGUGAUGAACCCAAAGAGAUCCCUCAGCUCUGGAGAGCGUCUUAGCAUCUUUCAGCUGAUUGUUUGGUUUUCUGGGCCACAAUUUUACUGGUUUGGUUCACUCUCACUGCUCUCAUAGUCGUUUUCGGCUUCAGCAGGAAGCCGUUUUUAUCUAAAAGGCUCUAAAAACCCACUGUACACUACCUGCUCAGCACCAAACAGCAGACAGGCAUGGUUAGAGAGUAGCUGGUGAACACAGUGAAGCAUUUAGCAGCUAAACAGCCAGAUAUAUCUCCCUCAGGAGUUGGUAGAGACCAAAAACUGAGCUAAAAGAGAGUGAAUAUUGGACUUACAUUCAUCAGGUGGACCAUAGACAGACAAAUAUAUAUACAGUCUAUGAGGUGGACACACACGACUCCAAAUUAAUGAUAAUAUGAUAGACAAGUUCACCAUAUCAACUUAAAACGUGACGAUAUGUCAAUGUUGUGUGUAUAGCUUGUUUCCGCUGUCCCCAAAAAUUAGUUAUUGCAGGUUUAAUUUAUUUACUUCAGGCCUUAUUUUGACUGUCUAUACUUUACUUUCUGCUUUGCAAAAAGGAAUAGCUUUACUUUAACUGUUUUUAAGCAUCAUGUAUCAUCUACCCAUAAUAGUUUGUUCAUCAUCAUCUAUUCUAGGUUACUGAACAUGUUGAAAAUGCCUUUAUACUUGUAAAUACACUUAUUUAUAGCCUUACUUUUCAUAUUUGAAUAUUAUUCGUACUAUUUCUACAACUUCUUAUUCUACUCUUAUUAUUCUUAUUCUACUCUCAUUGUAGUAUAUAUAUAUAUAUAUAUAUAUAUAGAUAUAGAUAUAGAUAUAGAUAACCAGCCUCAAGAUACAAGAUGUUAGAAGCCAGGUAACCCAAAGAGAGCCGUUGAACUUGCUUCGUGAUACAGGCCCCAGGUCUCUACCUCAACACGGAUAUAUUGGUUAAAAAUCUGCAGUUACACUUUUUUAUCCUGUAUUUAAUUUAUGAAUCUGAAAAAAACGUUUUCUUUACAUGACCUGUAUUUUAAUGUGUAAUCUUACCAGGGAUUUUAAGUCUGAUCUAAUCAUAUUCAUCAUUAGCUGUUGAUUAAUUUUAUUGUUUUUACUAAACAAUCCAUUAGCCAGUUUUUUCAUCUAAUUAAUAUGUUUUUAUCCAAAUUACAUUAAUCUCACUGUGGUGCACCAGUGAUUUUGUCCAAAAUGACCUCACUGGUUUUGCACCUUUUUUCUUUUCUUUUUUUUAUAAGGAAAGCUAUUUAUACAAGUCCAAAAAUAUUUUGUGUCGACGCAUUGAGAACAAACUGUUGUGAGUGUUAUCAGUACUUCAACUGGAGUGUCUCCAACAUUACUGUAGUAAGAACAAUACUGCAGAGCUCUGACUUAAACAUGAUGUACAGUGUCUUCUAACGUAGGAGACGUUUACUUAUAGGAUCAUAACAAUGGCUUUGCACAUUGUUUAAGAGCAUUUAUUAUCGUGGCUUCAUUUUAUAAUAGCAAGACCAACAUGUAUCUUCCACGGGGUCAAACAAUGAAUAAGUAAGAACAAGAUACUAAUCAAAACAUACAUGUACUGUACAUAUAGUAUGGAUUUUUUUGGUUUGGUUUGUUUGUUUUUAAGCAAUGUAUGAAAAAUAAAAAAGCCCUAAUGAAGAGGGGAGAAAUGUAAAAAAUUAUGAUAGUAGAUAGAAAUUGUAAAAAACGAAAAUAAAAUAAAGCAAUAAUGAAAAACACAAAAUAAAAAGAAUCAAAUAAUCAAUCAAUCAAAUAAUAAUAAUAAAAUUAAGAAGAAUUAGAGAAAAAAUAAAGAGGAAAUUAUGGGGGGGAAAAAACAAAAGAUGAGAAACCAGCAUCUAAUUCAAUUAAUAAAAAAGGUGAAUAAUCAAUACUAUCAUUGAGGCCGGGAUGUAUUGAGGCUCUGCUUGAACAAAAUCCAAAAUAUUUCACUGUCUACUAGACUAAUUUCAGCCAUCACCAACAGGGGGGGCGUUAAUGGCUGUAAUGACUACUAAAUGCAGAUCACCAUUUUUUAAUCAUGUUGCCACGGUGAUGAAGGCUUUUAAACUUUUGUCCUUACACGAAGCAGUGAGCUUUGGACAGCCCACCUGUGUAUCAGGACCAGCUGCUCUGAGUUUCACCUCUUUCAGAUCAGAUCACUUCAUCUGCAAAGUCGUGACAGGCAAGUUUUCAGUAUUUUUUGACAUUUCAUAAAACAAACAAUGAAUAAAUUUUUUGAAGAAAAAAAAAACACGCUAGAAUGAAAAUAACUGUUAUCUGCAGCCCUAAUAUUUUUGUAUUUUGGACUGUUGGACAAAACAAGACAUUAGAUGGCAUUUUUCACUGUUUACUGAUAUUUUAUAGUCCGAACAAUUCAUUGAUAAAUCAAGACAAUAAUUGGCAGAUUAAACAGUAAUGAAAGUAAUCGUUAUUUGCAGCCCUGCUAUAACAUCAAAGUGUUUUAUUAGGAAUAUGGUCAGCAGUAAUGUUUAUGUAGCAUACAUGCUAAACUGGUAUGGUCCUUUAAAUCUCAGUGAGACACGACCCCUUAGUUUGAAUGUAAUCUGUGCUUUUUCUUUUCUAGAUGUUUGGUUUGGUCUUUUUUUAAAUGACAGCUUUUGUAAUUCUCUUAAAACAAAUCAACAGUACUGUUCAGGUGUCCCUAAAUGACGAUUUUACGCACACCUGUGUUUUUAUUGUUCAAAUGGAUCAUGUUAACUGUACCAAAAGUUAAGGUGCUGAAUCAGUUAGCUUCCUGUGUUUGACCACUACUCGCUGUACUGUAUCUGUUCACUACAUGCAUGAUGGACAGGCCUACAGUGAGAUCAGACUCCUCUGGUGUGCUCGACACCUUUACCUCAUUGAUUGUUUGUUUGGGACUUUUGAUUCCUGAUGGUGCUACACUAACGGUGCUACCUUUGCAUGUUCAGGGUUUUUUUCACCUCUGCCCUUAAUCUGCACCAUCUCAAAGUGAACUUUUCUCGUAGGUUGUUGUUUUGCUGUGUGUUGAUUGUUCAAUUGUGGGUUUGUUUUUAUGAAAUUACAGAGUGAUGUAGGGAGAUCUUAGUGCGAUGUAUAGCCCAUUUCCUUGGUGAAAACAACAAAUGGCAUGUCAGGACACAAUGAAUAAAAGUGUAUGUGGGACUCUAGAAAAAACAGGUCCUGACUCAUUUAGCCAAAUAAAAAUGCAAUUUACUGAGCCGAAA